GAUUGUUGAAAAAGACUGCACCACUUCCUUUUUCUCUUCCACUGCUUUUGUGUUUGUACUGGGCCCCCUCAGCUUCUGACAUGCACAAUGACGCCAGUGAGUUCGUGGAUCUGUAUGUGCCACGGAAAUGCUCCGCGAGCAACAGGAUCAUCAGGGCCAAGGACCACACUUCCAUGCAGAUGAACAUGGCCGAGGUUGACAAGGUCACGGGCAGAUUCAGUAGCCAGUUUAAAACUUAUGCAAUUUGUGGAGCAAUUUGUAGAAUGGGAGAAUCUGAUAACUCUGUUCUCUGGCUGGCAAAAAAUGAUGAUAUCGUUUCAAAGAACUUAUAGUUGAAGAAAUCUUGUGGAAAAUGUCUUAAUAAAUCAGAAAAAAAAAAGAAAAAGACUACACCACCUACCUAGCUACAAUGAAAUAUGAACUUAUCAGCCUGUCUUCUGUCUUCUUUUCCAGAUUUAAUUCAUAUUAUUCUUCUUC